AUGAGGCUGACGCGUGGCUGUGACCGGAGGCAGCGCCUGCCCAGCCUGGGGCUGCUGCUGCUGCUGUGCAAGGUGAGUGGCCAGCCGCCGCCGUGCCCCCCGCAGUGCGGCGGCCGCCCGUGCCCGGCAGAGCCACCCAGCUGCGCCCCGGGAGUGCCCGCCGUGCUGGACGGCUGCGCCUGCUGCCUGGUGUGCGCCCGGCAGCGCGGGGAGAGCUGCUCCGAGCGGCAGCCCUGCGACCAGGGCAGCGGCCUCUACUGCGACCGCAGCGCCGGGGCCGGGCGGGGCAUCUGCAUGGUGCUUGAAGGAGACAACUGUGUGUUUGAUGGGGUUAUUUAUCAGAGUGGGGAGACAUUCCAGCCCAGCUGUAAAUACCAGUGUGCCUGCAGAGAUGGACAGAUUGGCUGUGUGCCCCGCUGUAACCUUGACCUACUGCUCCCUGGUCCUGAUUGCCCUUUCCCAAGGAAAACUGAAGUCCCAGGAGAGUGCUGUGAGAAGUGGACUUGUGACCCUAAAGAGGAAGUGACUUUGGGCAGUUUUGCUAUGGCUGCAUAUACAAAAGAAUCAACUCUUGGAAUUGAUGUCUCUGACUCAAGUUCCAACUGUAUUGAGCAGACAACAGAAUGGAGUUCAUGUUCCAAAAGCUGUGGAAUGGGCUUUUCCACCCGCAUUACAAACAGGAAUCCUCAGUGUGAGAUGAUGAAGCAGACACGACUCUGCAUGGUGCGACCUUGUGAGAACGAACAGCUGAUUGAUAAGAAAGGGAAAAAGUGUGUCCGAACAAAGAAGUCAUUGAAAGCUGUUCACUUUGAGUACAAGAACUGCACUAGUAUACAGACCUAUAAACCCCGCUAUUGUGGGCUCUGCACUGAUGGACGAUGCUGCACACCACACAACACCAAGACAAUCAAGGUUGAGUUCCAGUGUCCCCAGAGCAAAGUCCUCAAAAAGCCAAUGAUGCUGAUCACUACCUGUGUCUGUCAUAACAACUGUCCCCAAGACAACGUUUUCUUCCAGCUGUUAGAGCCAAUGUUCAGUGGAGUAAAAAUAUGA